UGCGGUGAGAUCUUGUGUGUGACGUCGAUCGAGCGGGCACCGAGUACGUGUGUGUGGAAAACCGCGGAUUCUCGACUUCCCGUUCCCGAGGAGAAAGGCCAGUGGCUCGUCGCGGGCGAAAGCAAGAACAACUGCAAUAACUCAGACGAGUGGAUAAAAAAAAACUGGUGUGGAAAUAAGUUCGCGCGCGCGUGUUAGUGAGCAACGGGUUCGUCGCUGGAUGAUAGUCGCGAAGUGCGUUGAAGUUCCCGUUUCUUUUUUUACUGGUCGGUUGUUGUUUCUGAGGAGGAAGUUUCUUUUUGCCUCCCGGGGUCGGACCCAUGCAGAGUUCGUUGUGGGUUGGUAUGUGUGCGCGUUUCCCGAACGUCUCCGAGUGUGACUUUUACUUGCGGAGGCAUUGCGGAAGCUCUUCUGAGGGGGGAUUAUCGCGUUUCACUAAGGAGAAUUUCGCCUGAAUAUUGAUGUGUAGAACAGCCCAGUGAAGCAAAUUAGCAUACAUUUUGUGCGUAUCGAAAAGAGUUUGGUGAACUACUUGAGUAACAUAUCGAGUGAGCAAAGUGCGUGUGGGGCAAAGAAAAAGUCCAGACGGAUGAAUAUUAGCGAAGACAGGAAGGCAACGAAGCGAAAUCAAUUUGGGAUUCAGGUGGUGUUCGAUGAAAUGGGCUGUUGUCUGUCAGCAGUUCUACUUUCGAUGGUAUUCGCCUGAGGCUACGUGCUUUUUCGUGGAUUAGAAACAACACAAUGAGAAGGUUGAAGCCAUAUAGCUGUUAAGUGAUCAGACCGAAGAAAGUGUAUUUGAUCGUGUUCUGGUUGAUUAAAACACCAAUCAAAAAGGCUGUUGUCAGCACAAAAGAAGCGAGAGGGAGACGAAUUUUCCGACCAGGUACAGAUAUGGUUGGAAGUGAAACUAGUUGCUUGGUGUAAGUGCCCGGCUGGUAAUUGAAAGGCCUUGAAUCCAAGUGAAGUGAGCACGUAAGAAGAACCUAUUGGUGUCAGCAUCGGUUACGCUUUGCAGCAUCUACCGGAACAAAGCCAUCACGGAACUAAUCCCCCGUUUCGGAAGACAAACAACUCAGUUUCAACACAGUGUCGGUGUUUGUAGAAAAUAUCUCUCUUGCUAACGGAUUGCUCCGGAUCGGGCGUUGAAUGUACCAGAGUUGACAUAACCCAUAUUUCGCCAUUCAAGCCUCCAUGCAAGUGUUGCAAAUGAUAGUUAAACCAAACAAGAUUGAAGCAAAUCUCGGUUUGUUUGUGUGUGUGUUUGUAUGUGCAUCGGAAAUAAGCAAAGGAAGAAAAAUGCUCUAACCCCUAAGAGGAUUAAAGCUUGAAUCAACACACCUCUUCGAGACGGUGCGUCGAAAAAAAAACCGAACGACCCAAAGGAAAAGGAAAGUGGAGCGGAAAAUCCUUUAACCCUUCUUGGAACGAAACGAACCGUGGAAGACCCAAUACCAGUAAUUUUCUUUUCUCCGUCGUGGAAUAUUUGCGUAGUUUGACAACGCAGGGAGGGAAAACGAGAGGCGGUUGACUGUCGCCACCGUAAGCUGACCCCUUGCCAGUGCUUCAAAGUGAUUGUGAAGAAUGUUUUCAAAAGGGUGAGAAUCCUCAGCUGGUGGAAAACAACACCAAAGUUAAAUUCAAGUGAUUAAUUCGAAACAAAGGGAGUUAGUGUUUUUUUUGGAAGAAAGCGAGUGAUGCAGCGGAUGAAAUAGAAACCUUUCUUCAAGUUGAUACUUAGUGGAGAAUAAUUACUGGCACCAUUUGCGCGGAUUAUGUUCAUGGUUUGCACCGGGUGAAUAUCUUCAAAAUAAGCAUAUCCAGCGACCUCGCCAAUGAUUUGAUGCACGCUUCACCCGUUAAUAGGAUAAAAGAAAUUGUUGCGGAUGUGCGUUGAGCUGGGAACCGAACCGUCACCAAGAAUGAAUCCUUCAGAUGGCGAAAGUUAGCCAUCUCCCAAUGAGACGCUACCCAACAACGGACCACCAUUCGACAAAUCCGACCGCAACAACGUCGACCGCGAAUCCGACGACGACCAACUCAGCGGCCAAUGUAGAUACCAUCAACUUCUAUCCACCGGCUAACCACGGCACUAGUCAACGGAACUCCACCGACAAAUCCAAACGGACAUGGGGCCAACGUCUUAAGCUAACGAAACCACCCAGCGAGAAGAUCAGCACUUCCUCUUCACACUUAAACACCCUCUCGUCCAAUCAAAUCUCACCCCUCAAAUCGUCCAGCCAAUCGUCAUCUUCCUCUUCAUCGUCCUCAACCAUCACCCUCUCGGUUCUGGACUACUCCGAAAUUCAACACGUCCAGCACAGUGCCCGUUACCAUCCCGCAACCGCCAAUGCUCCUCCCCCUCUGGCGCUGGCAACACACUCGAUGAAGUAUGCCGAGUCGACCUGGGUGUAUGGCACGAUGCGUGGGAUGCCUCCGCCGAUGGCGGGAGGAAUGCCACCUCUGCCGCAUCCCGGGCAUCCACUGGCGCACCAUCCCGCGGCUGCGGCGAUGAUCCAUCAUCCGGCCGCCAUGUUUUGUCCCAUGCCCGGACCGGGACCGGAGGUGGCCGUCGUUAUCUGCUGCUGUCCGGAGUACCUGAACGGAACCAAAAGGGACGUGAAGAAGGCGAGCGUCUGUAAGAAGUGCAAGGGAUCGAGGCUACCGUUGGCUCCGAUCGGAGGAACUAUGAGGCUGACCUCGGGAGCGACUUUUCUGGCGCCUCCUGUGAGAGGAGGAGGAACGGUGAAGUUGGCCUCAACCUACAGCGGGAAGAAGACGAGACCGUCUAUUUUGGGGAGCGCUGGGGACCCGUACGACUUUAUGCGAAGGUCGAGGCUUAGUCAACCUGAGCAAGCGAGCAAAUCUGUGAAGAGUAGCAUUAAGGAGAAGCUGAAGGGACGUGCCAAAAGCACGAGCCCAUCGAAGGGCAGAAGUAGAACUGAUAAACGAGCGGUAUCCCCUACGGGGAGUAAGAGUAGCGGGAAUAGAAGUUUGAGCGCGAACCGUGGGGGUAGCAAUAAAGGAUUCAAGGACUGCUGGGUAGAGCCAGAUGAGAUUCCAGUGGUUGAAGCCGUUGAUGCGGCAGCAGUCCGAAGGUCAAUUCUGCGAUGUGAUAUUAAUCCGUACGAUUUGAUUUCGCUCAGUAGUGGUCUGAACAAUGAAUUCUCACCCACCAGCGAGACAGAAGACUACGACCUGUCGGCUCAUUCGCAAAAGUACGAAAACCUACUGGACACUUUGUACGCCAAUCGGUACAAUCCAGCCAUCAAUAAUAUUGCGGCAAUAUCCGGCCAAAGAAUAAAACUGUUCGAUGGGGAUGCGGGUCCCCCUGUCUACGAUGACGUCGAAGAGUAUGUAUACGACCCGGUUGAGGUUCAACCGGACCCAAAUCAAGAGAACCGGGUGGAAAUCAUUCCGGAACGACCUCCCCGAACAAAGCACAAACAAGACUCCCCGCCCAAAGAUGAAGACGCCAAGUCCCUGCCUUCCCAGAUCUCGUCCGAAGCGACACAAAGUGCAAUAAAGUCGAUUCUGAAGCGACCUGCGUCGACCGUUAGUGCCCCGGCCGGGCCACCGGACAAACCCAGCUACGACACGAUACGCCUCAAUCAGACGCUGGUUCAACGCCUCGUGAAACUGACCUCGGACGAGAAUGUUUUCACGAAAACCAGCUCGGUCAGUGCCAGAUAUUCGAAAACUUUGUCCGGUAAGGAUACAAAGCGGAAUUCCGCGUCGCAAUUCUAUCUGCCGAAUCCGUUGAACGGAGGCGGAUCAACAACUUUGGGGUCUCGCAAAAAGGUACAUUUUUUAGUCGAAAAUGAAGUCAUCGACGACGAUAAGUUCUUCGCGCAGUUGCUACUCUCGGAGACAGCGAACGGACAUGGGAGAGCGUUGCACGAAUCGGAAAAGUCAACGGUGACGAUCGUGGAGGUGGAACCGGAGAACGAGGAGCAGAGGGCAACGACCGUUCCAUCGGGCAGGGACCAAACGAGUGAAUCUGUGAUCAAGAGCUUGGUGAACCAUUUGGACAGUUUGCGCCAUCAACAGCGGCAGCACGUGGCAGAGGAACAACAGAAGACGGCAAGUUCGAAUGUGGAAUGCUUCGAUGUACGGGAUGAGAUUCAGGAGAAGGCACCGAAUCGUGACGAGCGCCAGAAGGGCGAGGAAACGAAACCCGAUAAUGGAGCUGUGAAUGGCACCCCCGUCAACGGAUCCGGCAACGAUGGCAAUUCCGAUGGAGAUCUAUCACCAUGGAGUGUUCGCCGCCGAGUCGUGCCUGUUCGUCGGAGCUCGAGUAAUCGCUCCUCGCCGCCACGCGUACUUUCCUUCAAUGGCACCAGCGAUAUUUCACAGCGACCGAAGUCGAACUUUCUUGAUACGAUGGCUCUGCGAGGAAAACAGACCCGUAUCGAUGCCAGGUCAGCAUUCGACGAGGAAACUCUUUCAUCAUCAUCGUACAGCUCGUCUACCGGCAGCUCGGGUGGAACGCUAACCAGCGGGAGAAUGCGUCCACGAGUUCCACCUCCACCACCACCCCCUCCGGCCAGCUCGACCGGGUCUUCGUCACCAGAUCGACAAUCCAUCAUCAGUAGUGAGACGGAAACGGUAGUGAAGAACGGAAAUAAGACUCCCGAGCACGAGGAUGCAAACAUAUACGAGGAUUUUUGCUUUGACCUGAGCUCCGGAUCGGAGCGAAGCAGUGGACGUAGUUCGACCGCUUCAAGAACCGUAGUUCAGGUGUCAACCCCUGUCCAGACUACUUUCAGCAAGGAUGCCGUUCAUCGACUGGAAAUUCGACACGAGGAUGAAGACAGCAGCUACGAAUCGAUGGGCCAGAAGAAAACUUCAAUCAUGAUAACCGGAGAUGAUUGCUACUCCACCGUCAACAUGGACGACGACAACGAAACUCCUCUGUACCAAUCGUCCGUAGUUGUCAACGAUGUCUUCCUAUCCCCUGGAAUCCAAACGUCAUUUAACACGGUCACCAUCAGUGUCAACUCGCCAACAUCAACCCUCCAACAUCCACGCAACAAAUCAUGUGAUCAGGACGAACUGAUCUCCUUCAACAACCAGAAGAACACCUUUCUCAACAGAUCGAACUCAACCUCGAUAAUCCCGAUCGGUAGUUCUACAUCCGUCACUGUUAUGACCCCAACGGAAACACUGGAGUCAUCCACCCUCACCAGAUCCACCGGCAAAACACUCAUCAGCUUAGACUUUGAUCGCGAAACAUCAGAAACCAGCAUGCAAGAAUCCACCGGACCGGAAAGCUCCGUCGACGAAGAACCAGGGCUCGACCCUCCAUGCCAACAACCCCCAACGACGCCAACCACCCCGCCGACCCCAACCCAAGCGAAAGAUACGAUUUCGAUAGUUCCUAACGAAGAAAAUUCCAAAGAUAGUAGCGAUAGUUUCGAGAUGCUCCUGCGUAACCCCGUCGAGGCGGUCAAGCGCAAUCUGGUUCCGCAUUAUUGCGGCAAGGCCAAGGAGAGUCACGACGGUGAUGUUGGUUCCACCGAAGGCGUCAGUAGCGAGGUACCGGUUGUAGUUCGUCGCCAGAAAAACCCAGAUGUGCAUUUGUUGAAGGCCCAAAGGAACAGUUUCAUCGCCAAGCUGUUGGAGGAUCCGAUGUUGGGUCACUUGGCUGAGGGGCUUGACUAUGAGCUGGUGGCAAAGUUGAUCGAGAACUCGCUGCUAAGGUUGAAAGAAAGCCGCAAUCAGCUCGACAUGAGCGGAACCAAAGACCAGGAUGAUGUUUCCAAGUUGAUUGAGGAAUCGUUGAUCAAGAUACAGGAGGAGCGGAGCAAAAUCGAUAACAAGAAGGUGGAAAAGGAUAGCAAACGGAGCAGCAUCAGUUCGGGGAAUAGUUACGGAUCGGCCGCUUACGAGUUGAUGGAAUUUGAUGCGACCGGAGAUUUGAGUGAUUGCUAUCAAAGUUGCUCCAGUGAUCUGACAGUCGAUGACGAUACGAACUCAUCAAGAAACAAAUUCUACCAAAUGUUGGUGGACGCCACUCUUAGUGAAAUCGAAAUCAGCACGGCAAACGAUGAUGAUCAUCAUUACGAAUCGAUUCGACUAAAUAGUGAUCCCAUUUACGAAGAGAUUAGCGACAUUCCGCCCCCGCUUCCACUGUCCGCUCCACCAAUGGUCGACGAUUUGGAUCGCGAGAAGCGCAAUGCUCGUUCGAUCUUCGAGGGAGCCUCAAAGUACGACAUUCUCUCCUACCUGGUCGACGCCAAAGAACGCGGGAUCGCCCAGGAGGAGGCGUACAGUUUUCAGUUCGGCAAUGCCAGUGACAUAAUUCUCGAAGAGGAAGAAGACGAAAACAUCACCGAUCUACGGCACCACCAGCGACAGAUCUCCGAUAUCAGCAGUCGCCUGUCGCACAUCUCCAACAUUAGCGACUCCAGUGAAGACACCUCGCUUCUAUCGUCCCACCUCGCCCAGCGGAAAGCAUCCGAGAUCGAGCGCAACGAUUCCGGGGUGGGUUCGGAGACCAGCAAGACCUCGCGCAGCAAAUGGCAGCACCCUUCCUCCUCGCUAAUGGACAAGAUCAGCCCGAUUCACCUGUGCGAGGAUUGUGACGGCCCAGUGGAAACGCAAAUUACCGAAUCUGGAGUUAUGUACGCUCCCCUGGUGUGCAGGAAGUGUGGGAAGAAGCGGGCCGAACGCAAGGAGAUCAUCACCGAAAUAGUCGAAACGGAGGAAAAGUAUGGCCGCGAUCUCCAAAUCAUCUUGGAGGAGUUCUACCAGCCGAUGCUCGUGGCCGGACUGCUGAACCAAGACCAACUCUCUGCAAUCUUUUUGAACGUGGAAGAAUUGCUCGAGAACAACCAGUUUCUGGCCGAGCGGAUGCGGGACGCGCUGGACAUUGCCACCGAGCAGGGCGACGAAGAUCUGCUGACGGUGAACGCGGGGAAGGUGUUUCUGGAGGCCGCGCCCAUGUUGCACGCCUUCGAGAGCUACUGCGUUCGGCAGGGUGGGGCAAGCUUGCUACUGGCGAACCUGGAGAAGGAGAAGGAACUGUUGAGGAUCUUUCUGAGGGUUUCGCAGAUGGAGAAUGCCGUACUGAGAAGGAUGAAUCUGAAUUCGUUCUUGAUGGUUCCCGUUCAACGAGUCACGAAGUAUCCCCUUUUAUUAGCUCGGCUUUACAAGGUGACGCCUACGCAUCUGGAGGGCAAGGAGCUACUCAAACAGGCACAAGAAAAGAUCGAGUUGCAUCUGAAUCACAUGAACCGGGAAGCCAAGGACGUCCCGACGAAGCUUUGGCGACGGAUUUCGUCGUCCAACCCGGGAGGUCGGAGGUUAUCCUGUGAGCUGGAUAUGAUCAACAUCAAGCUGCGAAAGAUGGCAAUCGACGUGCUGGAAUGGAAUACAGAGGAGGUCCGGUUUGCUAUCGAGGGAAGGCUACUGUUUACGCAACCAAACGAUGGGAACUGGAAGAAGAGUCGCACCAUCAAGCUGACCUCGAUCAAUGCGCUGCUGGUGACCAAUGGGAAGCCAAGUCCCAGUUACAAACCGGACCGAGCGUCAACAGAGCUCCUAAACUUCCCCCGCCACACCGGCGUCCGGGAGGCAUCGCUCCUGCUGGUUCGCGAGAAGAACGGCCGCUACACACUGCUCCGGGAGCCCCUCUAUCUGGACCGGUGCGUCGUUUGCACCGAGAACGACUGGGAAGACUACUUCGAGGUGCAGGAGAUCCUCUCCAAGGAAUCGUUCAUUUUCAAGGCCGAGGACGGCAGCAAAACGAAGCAGUGGUACAGUCAGUUGCAGUACCAUUCGCAGGGCAUGGGAACCUGGCGAAAGCGACGAAAUGCACUGGCGAACAUCAUGAUUAAUGGAAUGAUGACACGAACGUAGUCUCGGCCGGUCGGGGGCGGCGAACUUGGCACGGAGCUGAAGUAAUUCAACGUCCAGGAGGUGUUUUUCCGAAAAGAAUCUCCUCUCGGACGCACCGCGGCCCAACAAUGGAAUAAUCCCGAGGAUAACGUAGAACGAUGCUAAUAAAUUUCUUCCUUUAUGCAGUUUUUUUCUUACGCUUUUUACCGUAUCUUUCCGGGAGGUUUUCAACACUUUGUGCUUGUAUGUAGCGAGGGGCUGUCCGCCCAUUGAGUUUAAACUCGAUUCAGCUUCGUCUAUCGCUGGAGGUUGUUGCUUUCGACUCUUUACUUUUUCUUAUCGUUUUUGUAGAUUUUAUUAGCUGUAUUUAUUGUCAAAUAAACUCUAGCGAGGGAAUUGAUUAGUGGGGCUUGCAAAAUUCUGUAUAGAAAAAGUGAACUAGUUUAGGGCCUUAAUCAAAGGAACAAUCAUGAGUAUUUAUUUAAAAAGGCUCCUCUUUGCGAAGAAAAAUAAAAAAGUAUAGAAGAAGUAUCCGAAAUUUGAUUAGUGAACGAUAACUAGUGAAUAGUAUUUAAAUCAUCAAUCCACUGUUUUAAAACGAUGUUUUUCUUUCCAAAUUUUGAACGGUUUCCUCCUUAUCUACAAAAUGUAUUUUUUAUAAAAAAAAAGACAAACCUUCUCGAAGUUCUCUUGUGAGUUAUGGAAAGUUUGGAAGAAGAUUUAUUUUAACUAUGUGAAAUUCUUAUCUAACAAGCGAAGAAAGCGAAAACUUAGGUUUUAUUAGCGGUAUAAUAAUAGUGUUCUAACAAUAAUGAAUUGCAAUAGUUAUGUAUGUAAUAAAUUAAUCGUAAAAGCAAAUAAAAAUCAUCAAACUGUGUAA